AUGUUUGUUGUGGGAGGCGAGAUAAUCAGAUCAGCUGAAGGAACAACACAGGGUGAUCCGCUGGCGAUGUCCAUGUACGCGAUUGGCAUCCUGCCGCUCAUCACUCAACUUCAAUGUGAAACCAAGCAAGUCUGGUAUGCUGAUGACGCAACAGGUGCAGGGUGCAUUAGAGGUGUGAGGCAGUGGUGGAAUGACAUUGUCAAAGUCGGCCCCAAGUUCGGAUAUCACGCAAACGCUGUUAAAACUUGGUUGAUAGUAAAGCAGAACAAAUUGGAAGAUGCCCGCUCUGCAUUUGCUGAUACGGCAGUACAAAUCACAACAUCAGGUAAACGACAUCUAGGUGCUGCUUUAGGGCACCCUUCGUUUGUUCGUGAAUACGUUGACAGUAAAGUCAAUGAGUGGGUUCGUCAAGUGGAAAAACUAUCAACCAUUGCUGUAACUCAUCCUCAUGUCGCAUACUCAGCUUUUACUCAAGGUUUGGCCCAUCGCUGGUCCUAUCUCUUGAGAACUGUUCCAUCUAUAUCUGAAAUGCUCAAGCCGUUAGAAGAAGUCAUCCACCAACGAUUUUUGCCUAGACUGACUGGUCAACCAGUGUGCGGUGCAGACAUGAGAGACCUCUUGUCAUUACCUUGCAAUCUCGCUUCCGAGCACAUCACUGCGCCUUUGGCUGCUCUUAUUGUCGAACAAGAGAACGCCAUCACAGUGUCUCCAUUGGAAACAAAAAGAAGAAAAUCUGAGAUCAAGGCCAAGACACAAGCUUUCCACAAUGAGACCUUGGAGAAGUUGCAAACAAAUGCAUCACCGCAAAUAAAAGGGAGCUUGGAAGUCCUAUCCGAAAAGGGAGUAUCGAGCUGGCUUACCGUGCAGCCUAUUGAAGAGCAUGGUUUCCAUCUUGCAAAGAACGAUUUUCGUGAUGCUCUGUGCUUAAGAUAUGGCUGGCCUUUAUCAGAUUUGCCCUCGAAAUGUGAAUGCGGCCUCAGUUUUAACGUCGACCAUGUCAUGAUAUGCCAGAAAGGCGGCUUUCCCACGCUAAGGCACAACGAGAUCCGGAACAUCACAGCUGAUCUUCUAAGGGAGGUUUCUACAGAUGUUACAAUCGAACCUGUACUUCGUCCCUUGGAUGGAGAACAGUUUGCGCAUCGCACUGCCAUCACAGAUGAUAACGCUAGGGUCGACAUUUCUGCUAGAGGAGUGUGGAGGCAUGGAGAACGGGCAUUUUUUGAUGUGAGGGUUUUCUACCCAAACGCUGCUUCCAACCGCAAACACUCUUCACUCAAAUCCGCCUAUGUGAGUCACGAGAAUGAGAAGAAACGCGCUUACGGUGAGAGAAUUCGGGAAGUUGAGCAUGGGUCUUUCACUCCAUUAGUGUUUACGUCAUACGGAGGCACAGGCCCAGAGGCGACAACCUUCUAUAAGCGAGUGGCAAGUCUGCAUGCAGCCAAGUCAGGAGAGCAGUACAGUAGAAUUAUGCAAUUAAUUCGCUGUAGAUUGAGUUUUGCCCUACUUCGCUCGAGUAUACUGUGUAUCCGUGGAACAAGAUCCUCUACGUAUAGACCUAUCAAAGUGGACCUGCUGGGACUCAUUGAAAGUGAGGCCCACCUAGAUGAGUAGGUGGUGACUAUAGCUUGUGAUAAUAGUUAAGCAUACAGUGUAAUGACGUAAAGUAGUAACUGACUUUUAAUUGUUUGUUUUGCUG